UUCUGUUGCGGCCGCCAACAUGAAGUUCAACAUCGCUAACCCCACCACCGGUUGCCAGAAGAAGCUCGAAAUCGAUGACGACCACAAACUGCGUGCCUUUUUUGACAAGAGGAUCUCCCAGGAAGUGAGUGGAGAUGCCCUCGGAGAGGAAUUUAAGGGAUACGUCUUCAAGAUCAUGGGAGGCUGCGACAAGCAAGGUUUCCCAAUGAAGCAGGGAGUGCUGACCCCUGGUCGCGUCCGCCUCUUGCUCCACCGAGGAACCCCUUGCUUCCGUGGUCAUGGAAGGAGGACUGGAGAGAGGAGAAGGAAAUCUGUCCGUGGGUGCAUUGUCAGCCCCGAUCUUUCAGUCUUGAACUUGGUUAUAGUGAAGAAGGGCGACAAUGACCUUCCUGGUCUGACAGACACUGAGAAACCCAGGAUGAGAGGUCCAAAGAGGGCAUCUAAGAUCCGAAAGCUCUUCAAUCUAUCAAAGGAGGAUGAUGUCCGAAAGUAUGUGAACACAUACCGUAGGUCAUUCACAUCGAAGACUGGUAAGAAGGUGAGCAAGGCUCCUAAGAUUCAGAGGUUGGUCACUCCUUUGACCCUUCAAAGGAAGCGUGCGAGAAUUGCAGACAAGAAGAAGAGGGUUGUGAAAGCCAAGUCUGAGGCUGCUGAGUACCAGAAACUCCUCGCCUCAAGAUUGAAGGAACAAAGAGAACGACGGAGUGAGAGUUUGGCCAAGAAAAGGUCCAGGCUGUCCUCAGCUACGAAGCCCUCUGUUACUGCUUAGAACUAUGCUCCAGUUUUUAAGUUUUGGAUUACAAGAUGGAUAUUACGACUUUAUUUCUGUGUCUUCUGUUUUUGACUGCUCAAGUUACUUUCCCUUGAUGCUUCUGAGCUUAUUGGAUUUUUGAGUAAUAUUAAAACCUAUGUUUGAUUAUU